AUGCCUCAUGUUGUCUCUCAAAUGCAGCCAAAAGAAAGGCCCGAACAAAGUUACAACUACAAACAAAAAUUAAUAAAGCCGGCCAUUUCUCAAGACAACCUUCGCUCACCUCGUGGCCAACGUCAUCAGAAUGCAAAUAGCGUGGCUCCCACGUUGAGUCUACUAGUUCCUCCACAAAGUACUUGGAAGUAUACAUCGGGUCGACAACAACUAAAGCAUUUUUCGCCCGACAGAUUAACACCUGUGUCCGCAGUCGAUUCAGUUUUCGAAUUACCUUGGGCAGCCACAAGUCGUUCCCAAAAUUCAGCCAUAUCAUCAUUUAUUGCCGAAUUAGAAGAUACUUCUCCCGGGGCCGUUCAACCCCAGAAUCCUAGUAUGGAUUCAAAAUAUCCAAUCAGUCCUACACUUUCUUUACAUGCAAUCACUGCCAUUGAUGCCAUCAAUGACUUUGAGGUCGAGAAUAAGCGACUUCUCGAGCGUGCUAUUGCCGCGGAAAAAGCUGCCAAGAGGUUAGAGGAGCAAAACAUGGAUCUCCGACGACAAGUCAACUAUUGUAUGGGACAACAUAGACCAAGAACUGCACCAUCACAGAUAACUUUUCAAAAUCCUCGCAAACGCGGUACUGAGUACAGUACCAAAACACCUCUCUCCGCCUUCAACACGAUGAUGGAUCAUGUGGAGACUGACUAUUUGCAAACUCCCAUAAACACACCCACCCCGUUUCCUCGGCGCAAUUCCUCUCUCCCAACACAAUCGCCAGUUUCGCAACAAAGUAAAAUUACACCAAACAGACUUGGUCCUAAUGGAUUCAUUCCAUCACGGAGACCUCCCCCAAUUCCAGAGGGUACAAAAGUUUCUUUGUAUAGAAUUCAAUCCCGUCAUCCAGAUAUGUCGGAUAACCAGAAUUUCUUUGGCGGAUUCAAAGCUUAG